AUGUCUACGCAGGUCGAAGCCAACGUAGCGGCCACUGCAAACAGUCCCUCCGAGAUAGACUUGGCUAGCAGCAGCAACGCAGGACCUUCAGGCGCAGUCGACGCAUCCACAGUCGCAUCAACGUCGUCCAGGGUCAGGUCAGCUCUGAUAGCGAAAGAUAAGGUCCGCAUCGAUGCGCUCCUGACUUCGGGUCAGAGGCAUCUCUUCGACUUUGAGCCUAGCACGCUCGUGUCAGAGGCAAGGGAUCAGAUCUGGAAUGAAUGGCCAGCAGGUGAGUGCCUGUCGAGGAGCUUUCAAGAGACAAGUUAGCGUUCGAGGACCCGUGGUCUGCAUUAGCACGGCACCCCGGCUCGUCGCUCACAGGCUCUUCCUCUUUUCCUCACGCCGCAGAUUUCCCUCUGCGGCCCGCAGAGCCGUCGGCUCUCAGGAUGCUGCAUCUGGGUCACAUCUUGGAUGAUCGAGCGCCGCUCAGCGGAGACUCUCCCGCGGCUGGCGGAAGACCUGCUACGGGAGGUAUGCCUUUGGGAAAGGUCACUGUGGUGCACAUUCUGAUCCGCCAACCAGUCAAAGACACAAAUGCUGAUGGUGAGUGUGAUCAUCGGCGAUGGUGUCGAGUUGGACCCUGAAUGAGCGCGUCGAUACGUUCCGCUGAAGAUGCACCGCUUCUCACGCUUUCAGAUGAAUCUUUGAAGAAAGACGACGUUCAAGCAGGAUGCAGAUGCGUCAUCUGCUAA